AUGCAAAUCAAAGAUGAAGGAGCAUUGACUUUCCCUGGAAAGUUGAAGGGAGACCCCAACAAAAGACCAAGAGACAAGUAUUGCCGCUUUCACCGGGACCACGGUCACGACACAGCUAACUGCUACGACUUGAAGCAGCAGAUUGAGGCCCUAAUUAAGAAGGGGAAACUACAGAGGUUCGUCAGCAGGGAAAGAACCAAUACGCCGGAAGAACAGGCUCCACGAAGGGAGAACGACUGCCCUAGACCACCCACUGGAGACAUACGAAUGAUCGUAGGGGGCACAACUGCAGUCGGAUCUUCCAAGAAAGCCCGCAAGACCUACCUCAGGAUGGUCCAUAGCAUCCAACUCACAGGAUCAGUACCAAAGAUGCCGCGGAUAGAUAACCCCGUCAUAAACUUUUCAGAGGAUGACGCUCGGAGACUUCACCAUCCUCAUGACGACGCGCUAGUAGUCAGCCUGCAGAUUGGGGAUUAUAAUAUGCACCGGGUCCUCGUCGACAAUGGCAGCUCAGCAGACAUCCUGUACUAUCCAGCAUUCUAG